UUACUUUAGUUUAUUAAAUUCAUAUUAUUAUUUUAUUAAUAAGCACUAAUUUUUAUAUUAAACCUUUUCAGUGAAAUAUAUAAAAAAAAUACAGCUUUCUUCAAGAUCGAAGUGUGUACGUUUUUUUAUGUAGAAAUGGGCUCUCUUGUUAUUUUUUUAUAAAACUGUAUUAUUUAUAGUCAUACUGAUGUAUACUCUAAUUUUACUUAUAGUUUUAAAAGAAUAUUUUAGAAAUUUGGUUUCAGGUGACUUGUAUGUAAAAUAUAAUUGUAUAAAUAUAUAUAUUAGUGGGGUAAUAUAGAGGUUGAUGACUGUAUAAAAGGGUGCGUUUCUUUUUUUUUUGUAUUUUUCAUCAAAUAAAUUAUAUAACGUGUAUAUAUAUAUACGGUCGAAUUGAAACUGAGGUAGACAUUAAGCAUCGAUUGUACUUGAUAUAAAUUGUUCAUGAAAUUAUGUAAAGUAGCUUUUAGAAAUCGUAAUAUAUAUAUAUAUAUAUUGUUAUAGUAUAUAGAUGAGUUUGUAUAGUUGUACAGAUAAUGAAGAGAUAUUAUAUUGUAACAAUAAAUUGUUUACUGUGAUAAAUUCCUCCUAAUGCUGCUUUGUAAUACUGUAUGGACGAUUAGCAGAUUCUUUGUUAAAUAGUAUCAUUUAUUUAUUGUUCGUGAAUAUAAAGUACUUGUACAAUAUACGGUCUUUUUUUGUAUAGUUUUCAAUUAUAUUUAUUUGUAGUGUUGUGUACACUCAUCCUUACUUGCAGUAUCGUAUCAUAUUAGCCAUUAGGGAAAUUGCUUUACGUAAUCUUGCGCUAUUUGCCUUGAGCUUACCUUGACUCCAAUAGAAAUUAUCAGUUUAAUUUUAAUAUAGGUCUGUUUUUAUCAGCUAUAAAAAUUAAAUAUAAAUCGGGUACUUAAAAGUGAAAGGCGAAGCAAUUAUAUCUCACGUAUCAUCCAAAGUCAGCAUAGUCGCAUUAAAAGUAAAGUUUUAUAUUUUGGACAAAAUGCUGAAUUUUCCAAAAAAAAGUCUCGUUCAAUUUAUUUAACAACGGCCUAAUAAAUUACAAUGACAAGAUUCGUUGUUCAUUAUUAAGUUAGUCCAUUAUGUCAAGGUCGAGGUUGAACAGCCAUAAAAACUUUAACGUAGGCAAUUCUAACUUGUCCUACAAGAAGUAAGACGCGAACUUUACAAAGCAAGCUGGCACCGACAUCGCUGCACAUCGAUUUAUUUUAUACAAUACGAUAACACCUCAGUUCUCAUGAUGACUCCAUACAGUUAACGUCACAGAUUAAACAGUUUUUGUUUAUUUUUAAAAACAAUCGAUUCUUUUUUUAAAUAUGACUACAAAAAUAACAAGUAAGAAAUGGAUAAGCGAAGAAACUGUGGAUGAAAAGGAACUCUUUAGUCAUUGCAGGGAAAUGGAGAUUGUUUGCUAUGCCAUAACAAAAGUGGUUAUGGAAACGGAUAAUAAAUGGAGGAAUUGUGUUGGAAAAACGAAUAAUCACUCACUAACGAAUCGCAGUUUUAUUAUGGAGCUAGUUAGCAUACAGGUAUUAGAUGAAAUAAUAGAAUAUUUAAUGAAAGUAGUGAAAUCGUUCUACAAAUUAAAUCCUAAGUUAGCUAGACUGAAAAAGGAAAAUGGUCUUGUGUUAAGUAAACACGACCAUGUUUUCGACAUGUUGUGUAGCAGAAGAUUCAUAAUGCUACAAUCGAUAAAUAGUCUCAUACUCACAAUUUUAUCAACCUGCCUACAUAGAGAAGACUCUAGGAAAAUGAUUGAAUCAUGUUUAAGUUUAGUUGGCAUUUACAAUAACUUAAUCGGCUUAAGUUAUAAGAAAUUUAGUGCUAAAUUUAACAUCUGCAGUAACGCAUAUCCGAAUGUCGUUAGCGAAACAAAGCCGUUAACAUUAACAAAAAUUGUACAGGUUCUAGCAAAGAGCCGAACGGAAGUUAAUUGCCACCGUCUAAUAAAUUGUUUGGUGAUGAUGUUCAAACCUGAAGAUCAUGGCGAUUACGAUUCCAGUUCUAACGCUGAUAGUUUGGAAAUAUACCAUACAUUAACAAAACACAUAACACCACCGAAUUCGUCAUCUCGCCGACUCAGUAUAACGAAGCGGCGUCAAGCGUUCAUAGAAAAUAAAAAAGCUAAAAUGAAACAAGCACAAAGUCUCAUCGACCUGAAGAAUGGUCAUAAGAAAUUGACAGAGAUGUUGAAUCCACAAAAUUCAGAUGCCGACGUACCUUACACAUCUCUUCUAGGCAACGAAUGUGUCUUAGACAAUGUUUUUAAUAACGAUGAAAAUGUAAAUGGAAUUUUACAAAGUGAAGAAAUGUACAUUGAAAUACUUCUAGACACUGUUGCUAAUAUAUCACCGAUAUUGUUGGGGCCCAAGGGUGUGAAGAAAUUAAAGUCAGGAAGAAUACAAGCUAGUAAGAAGUCUGCUCAGAAGGUAACGGAAUAUUAUCAAAAUUUACUUUGGGGUGACGUCGGCAGUUGUUUGGAACAUAUUGUGCUUUGGUGGUCUUCGUUUCCAUUAGCGACAAGAUCACCUAAAACGAGUCAAAACCUUCGCGAAUGGUUAUUCACAACAUUCAAUGAUAACAAUACUCCGGAUUUAAUAUUAUCGUCAUUGAGAAUCUUGGCUGAUGCGUUAGGAUGCCAUGUUACGUCCACUUCAUGGGAUAAGCAUUUUGGGGCGACAUUAACAACAAAUUUAACUCCAACCUCUCUGAAGGAUUAUUCUGAUGUUUCAGUAUACGUAACCGAAGCAACAGUAUCUGGUGCUAAUUUCGCGAUAAUGCUUCAGGAGUUGGUAACGCUGAAUAAUCAUUGCGAGGUCACGUGGGAUUAUAUUUUAGGAGCACCUUUAGAGGAUUUGCCGAUCGUAGAACAAAUACCAAUAUUACAUAGACUUGACCACUCGAUCCACACAUGUCGCCUGUGGUGCGCGGCGCAGACGCGGCGUCUCGCCGCGCAGUGGCGCGUUGAUGACUUCUUCCUCGUCGCGCACUGCGACCUUCGCGCCUGCCACGAGCAGCUGCUGCAGCUGCGCUUCGCGGACCACUCCGCCGCGCUCGAGUCCGGAAAAAUCGGUGUACACGAGAAUGUCUGUGCGAAAAUGAGAGAAAAGUUAGUAUCCGAAGUAAAAGUCAACAUACAAAAGUUAAAGGAAGCAACAGAAGAAAUAACUAGUGUAUUAUCAUCAGUUUGCGCAACGAUAAGUUUGGCGCAUCUCACGAUGAUAUUUCCGAGCAACGCCGAGUGGAGGAAGAUAACUCAACCAGACAUAAUGCAUUCCCGUUAUGUACAUGAGUUCUUAGAUAAAAUGCUGUUACCGGUGAUAAAAGCGACGCCUGAUAUCACGACCCUCAACAUGGUGCUGCGUAUCAUGUGCGAGUCGUGGCUGCAUCAUAUCUAUGUGGCGAAAGUUAAAUUCACAAAAGAAGCAGCAUUACAAUUAUUAGCAGACUUCAAUGAAGUUCGCAACUGGUUAAAUGAGUGCAAGCAGCUUGAGGCCCCAUCGAAGAAGCAGAUGUUACAAAAUGAAGUAUUAAGACGUUGUGAAGGAGUCGGAAGACUGUUACUGCAUGCCCCGGGAGAUCUUAUCUCUAUGCAAGAGUCCACAAUGCAGUCCGCCAAAAUCAGGAAAGAUGAUAACGACGCGCCUGAACAGCUGAUGCCUGCAGAGAUGUACGUGCCCAACCAGAAGCAAUGGCUCACUUUACGCGCCAACAAACUCAAAGGACCAGUCGUCUUUACACUUUGUUGUUAUUAACAUAGUUCCAAUACUAAAAUAAAUAUUUUUUU